CGAUUAAAGAUAAAAAUCACAGAGUCAUUCAUGAAAAAAAAAACUGCCGCCGCUGCCGCAACAUCAAUGGAUUUGCAUAUUUCAACCAAUUACCUUGACACUUCGGUCAGUUGAAGAUCACGUUUAUUAACGAGGCAACUAGCACUUCCAUAUUAAAUUAGAUUUGAGGCCAGUUAUUUGUGUUCGUAUGAAAACGAAACGAACACUUGAUUUUCUAUUCAAACGAUCAUCAGACUGAAAUUAAUCAAUAGCAAUCUGGUAGUCAAUUUAUCGUUCAUCAACAGCAUUAGAAACAAUAAAUCAGAAUUACAACGGCUUAAAAAAGCAUUAAAUUGGAAGUAAAGUUCUCAUCAAAAUUGCGCUUGUGAACUCUCAAGAAAACAUCGCAAGACAUGCGCAAUUAUUUCCGUAACGCGAUGUUUGUUGUUGUAUCGUUGCAGUCGUAAACAAUGGGCACUUGAUUUUGAUAUGCUGAUUAAUUGGCUUGUGGCACGGUGAGCACGCGUCUUUGACUAUUUAAUCAAUUUAUUGCCUUUUAUUCGCUGAUUCGCCCAUACAGCCCGCUUCGAAUCAGCUAGAAUAUGGUUUGUUUAGUGGAUUAUUGUGAUCAGUCGUUCUAGAAAUGCUGUACGUGCUUCAAGUAAUUUUGUUAACGCUGACGUUGGCCAGUGCGUUGCCAGCGGGGCCGGUCCAGUCAGAACAAGAGAUUUCGGAUAAUGACAUCGACAAUGAUGACUUUAGCGACGAAUUACCCUUCGAAGCUGAGUUUUAUCGAACGAGCACCGAUCGCGAUGAAUUCGUUCGUCCAAUUCCAAGUCCAAAAGAUAACGAGAUUGAUGACGGUGAUGGUGGAAUCGAAUUAAAUGUACCAACCACAUUCGUUCACACACCCAAUUGUACCUAUCAUAUCGCCAUCCGUGUGUUUUUCGAAAGCAUUGAUGAUUUGGAAAUUAAAUUGGACGGUUUAACAGUGGAAAGUGGCUCAAAGAAUAAAAUUAGUUUGAGUGAUUUUGUGCAACAGGCCCAAGUACAGGUGUUCAAUAGUAUCAAGGGCAAGAAUUUCACAAGUGAACUGAUGAACGAUGUCAUUAGUUAUCUGAGACAAGCGUUUGUCAGUGCAUUUGGAUACGAUGAUAACUGUGGCGUUUCGACCAAUGUUGUUACAUAUUUCACGAAAGAUGAUACUCAAGCUGAUCCGCCUCAGAUGAAUGAGCAAACUACUGACAUUCCAACGCAUGAUGAAGACGCACCGGGCGACACUGAUCUAAUUGAUUCUGAAACAACCACUGAAAAUGAUGGGGAUGCUACUGAAGAAUAUCAGCCGAAAACAUUGACUCGGCCCAAGCUCAGUGACAUCGUUCAAGACACAAUCGAUGUGUACAAAGCACUCAAUAACUGGAAAUAUCCACAGCAAUCUUAGUUCUUUUUCUGUUUGGGUUAGAUUUCAAAAAUAUAUAUUUAUUUUCAAUUAUUACUCAAACGAGAAAUGGUUUUUACAUUGUUCAGAAAUGAAUAAAUAUCGUUGACAAGGGAUGAUA